AUGACCAGCAACUACUACGAUUUGGACGAUAUACUAGCGGAUGGCGAGAAGGUGCCGAGCCGUUUCAACAUGACGGUUCCCGGGCUCGGGUAUUUAGAAGGAAACCCCGGAAAAGCCGUCCAAAAAGGUACCCAAUUGGAGCUACCAAUGUGGCUAGCAGAAGUGUUGGCUAUCUGUGCCAUCCUGGAAGACUCCCAGGAGAGUUUCAUUGACUUGUCGGAGCCCGAGUUCAUCAGCUCUAGGGUGUUGAAUGCCAUCAAAACAAACCCACGGACUGUGGAUCUUCGCAAGUUGCUCAGAAACUAUUACAAAUUGGUGGAGAAAUGGGGCACCUUCUUCAAUGAACCAUCAUUGAUUGAGAUCAUCAUGACCAUGUUGAAAGAGCGGGCUUUUGAGAUCAACAACUUUGCUUCCAACACCAACAAACUGAUGAAUAAUGACUUUACUUAUACCUUGGACGAGUUCGAGAGAAUCUUGUUCAGAAUGACCUCCGACAGCAACAAGCAGAUGAGAAACUGGCUCAAGGAGUGA